AUGGAGUCAUUCCCUGUGGGGCAUUUGCGUUUUUGCUUGCCGCUACUUCGAGCUGGGGCCUAUUUUUUUACAGCUCUCCACCGGACUCGAUCCCGGGCAGCUGCAUCCCACAUUUUUAAUACUACUGUUCCCGGGUCUGAUUCAACUCUGACCAUUAACCAUUAUAUCUAUCUAUCUAUCUAUCUAUCUAUCUAUCUAUCUAUCUACUUUUCAUUAACCAUUAUAUCUAUCUAUCUAUCUAUCUACCGACUUUUCACAGAUAUGAAAUCUAAGUCUGUUCAUAGCUAUCUAUCUCAGUCUUUUUAUCUCUAUCUCAAUCUGUUCAUAUCUAUCUAUCUAUCUAUCUAUCUAUCUAUCUAUCUAUCUAUCUAUCUAUCUAUCUAUCUCAGCCUCUUCAUAUCUAUCUAUCUAUCUAUCUAUCUAUCUAUCUAUCUAUCUAUCUAUCUCAGCCUCUUCAUAUCUAUCUAUCUAUCUAUCUAUCUAUCUAUCUAUCUAUCUAUCUAUCUAUCUAUCUAUCUAUCUCAGCCUCUUGGAAUACGGUUUAGUCCACUCCUCCUUGAUACACCAUCUUGCCUUUUCUCUUCUCUUUCUCUUUUGAUCGCGAAAAAACAAUUCUAUCUUUGGUCACAUCUGUCCAGAGAAUGGUCUUCCAGAAGGGCCCUGUGUUGUUUGACAAAGGCUUUACAGGCAACCUUUAUUUGUCAACACUGGCGAAAAGCCAGUAUAUUAUUCCAGAUGUCUUUGGAUAUCACCUUUCCUCUCGGCAUUGCCGAUCUAACUAGGUACUUUAAUUUACUUUAUCUAUCUAUCUAUCUAUCUAUCUAUCUAUCUAUCUAUCUAUCUAUCUAUCCCAGUCUAUCUAUCUAUUUAUACCAAGACAUUUGUUCUUGCUUUCUUUCUUCUUCAUAUUUCCUUCAUUUAUUUUUCUUUCCUUCUUGCUUCAUGCAACCUUUCUUUUUUCUUUCUUUCUUACUUUUAUUUAAUUUUCUCAUUCUUUAUUUUUGUGCAUUUCUUUCUAUUUUUUCGUUUUCUUUCUUUUCUCUUAUUUUCUUUCUUUCUUUUAUUCAUUUUCCUUUUUUAUUUCUUUUAUUUUCUUUUCCUUUUUUAUUUCUUUUAUUCUCAUUUUCUAUUUCUUUCUUUGGUUCUCUUUUCCUUUUUUGUUUCUUUUAUUCCCUCUCUCUUUUUCUUUCUUUUAUUCUUUCUUUCUUUCUUUCUUUCUUUCUUUCUUUCUUUCUUUCUUUUGUUCUCUCUUCCUCUUUUCUUUCUUUUAUUCCCUCUCUCUUUUCUUUCUUUCUUUCUUUCUUUCUUUCUUUCUUUCUUUCUUUCUUUCUUUCUUUCUUUCUUUUUUUGUUUUCCUCUCUUUUCUUUCUUUUUUUUCUUUCUUUUCUUUCUUUCUUUCUUUUUUCUUUCUUUCUUUCUUUCUUUCUUUUAUUUCACAUUUUCUAUUUCUUUCUUUUUUUCUCUUUCCUUUUUUUUUCUUUUAUUCCUCUCUCUUUUUCUUUCUUUUUUCUUUCUUUUUUUUCUUUCUUUUUCUUUCUUUUUUCUCAUUUCUUUUUUUUUUUUUUUUUUUUUUUCUUUGUUUUCCUCUCUUCCUUUUUUCUUUCUUUUUAUUCUCAUCUUUCUUUUUAUUCUGUUCUUUUUUAUUUCUUUCUUUCUUUAUUUUUCUUUUGUCCUUCUUCCUUUUUUUCUUUCUUUUUAUUCCAUCUCUUUUUCGUUCUUUUAUUCCCUUUCUUUUAUUUUCUUUCUUUCUUUCUUUCUUUUUGCUUUUCUUUCUUUCUUUCUUUCUUUCUUUCUUUCUUUCUUUCUUUCUUUCUUUCUUUCUUUCUUUCUCAUUUUCUAUUUCUUUCUUUUGUUCUCUCUUUCUUUUUUCUCUCUUUUAUCCCCUAUCUCUUUUUCUUUCUUUUAUUCUCUCUUUCUUUCUUUUAUUCUGUCUCUUUCUUUAUUUCUUUCUUUCUUUUUUUCUUUUGUUCUCUCUUCCUUUUUUCUUUCUUUUAUUCCAUCUCUCUUUUUCGUUCUUUUAUUCCCUCUUUCUUUAUGUUAUUCUUUCUUUCUUUCUUUCUUUCUUUCUUUCUUUCUUUCUUUUAUUCUCUCUUCCUCUUUUCUUUCUUUUAUUCUCAUUUUCUAUUUCUUUCUCUUAUUCUCGCUUCCUUUUGUCUUUCUUUUAUUCUUUCUUCCGUUUUUCGUUCUUACUUGUAUUCUGUCUUGCUUUUUUCUUUCUUUCUUUAA